AUCCUCAGCAACAAUGGCAGCGCUCUGGGCUCAGAUCCUCUUCCUCAGUUUUACCUGUGGACUUUUGGCUGGAGCUAACGCAGCCCUUAAAGACAGAUGUCCUAGUUUCACGACUCCCCCUCCUACUCCUCCUACUAAUACUACUACUCGUACUACUGCUACUACUUCUCCAUUACACACGAGAUGUACACCACAAAUUAAUACAACCACAAGUACUAAUACUACUACUACCACUCCUACUCCUACUACUGUUACUACUUCUCCAUUACACACGAGAUGUACACCAAGAUUUAAUCCAACCACAAGUACUACUACUAUUACUACUACUCCUGCUCCUACUACUACUCCUCCUCCUCCUACUACUACUACUACUCCUACUACUGUUACUACUUCUCCAUUACACACGAGAUGUACACCAAGAUUUAAUACAACCACAAGUCCUCCUACUACUGCUACUACUACUCCUGCUCCUACUACUACUCCUCCUCCUACUACUACUACUACUACUCCUACUACUGCUACUACUACCCCCCGUCCUGACCCCACAACUACUACUACUCGCAGCUGUUCCAGAAUAAAGAAGUUUUUAGAAAAAUACUGGCGAAAAUGUUUCACCCCACCAGCAAAAGGAUGUUGUCCUGAAGGAUGGACUCGCUUUCAGUCCCGUUGCUUCAUGUUCUUCCACGGCCCAAAGACAUGGAUCGACGCAGAGCUCUCCUGCAUUGAGAUCGGUGGAAACCUGGUCGCUGUCCACGACAAUGAAGAGCAUGAGUUCCUCCGAGACCUGGUGCUGCGCGUGACUGGAACGUACCCGAUGACUUGGAUCGGUGGACAUGAUGCAGUUCAGGAGGCGGUGUGGCAGUGGAGUGACGGGACAGCAUUUGACUUUAAUCUCUGGGCCUCUGGAGAACCUGAUAAUCUCAACGGAAAUGAACACUGCCUCCACAUAAACCAUAAAGAACAUCACUUGUGGAAUGACCGUCCAUGCUCGCUUAAAAUGCCCUAUGUGUGCGCCAGACGCCAAGUUGCAGAGAGUGAAAGUAAUGACAAUAGUGACAGUAACGAGAGUCAUGACAGUAACGAGAGUAAUUACAGUAAUAUGGGCCGUGACAGCAGUGAAAGUCGUGGCAGCAGUGAAAGUCGAAGCAGCAGCGAAAGUCGAAGCAGCAGCGAAAGUCGAAGCAGCAGCGAAAGUCGAAGCAGCAGCGAAAGUCGAAGCAGCAGCGAAAGUCGAAGCAGCAGUGAGAGCAGCAAUAAGAAUCGUGGCAGGCAUGGGAAAAGAUACUUAAAGCUGCCAAUUUAAUUUAAUUUAAUUUAAGAUAUUUGUUAUGGAAGGCUUUUCUAUUUACUGUAAACUAUAUUCUCAAAUCAAAUCAUAAGAGAUGUA